AUGCGAGGUGGGUUUGGACGUGGAGGCGGUAGUGGAUUCCGAGGCGGAAGAGGUGGCGGUGCACCAAGCCGUGGUCGGGGUGGCGCUGGACGAGGAGGUGGAAGGGGCGGUAACGCUGGACCCCACGGCCGCGGUGGCCGUGGUGGAGGGGGUCGUGGUGGGGGUGCUGGAGCCAAAGUUGUCGUUGAACCCCAUUUGUUGCAUCCCGGUGUCUUUAUUUCUAAGGGUAAAGCGGAUUCACUAUGCACGCUUAAUAUGGUUCCUGGAGUGUCAGUAUACGGGGAAAAGCGUGUAGAAGUAGGGGCAACACAGAGUGGUGACGAGAAAAAGGAGUAUCGGCUUUGGAAUCCAUACCGGUCAAAGCUUGCUGCCGCCAUUUAUGCGGGAGUAGGGAGCAUCCACAUGAAACCUGGCUCAAAGGUGUUGUACCUGGGGGCCGCCAGCGGCACGACUGUGAGCCACGUGAGCGAUCUUGUUGGACCUGAAGGAAUGGUUUACGCGGUAGAGUUCUCCAACCGAAGUGGUCGUGACCUCGUUGAUAUGUCGAAGAGAAGGCCUAACAUCGUUCCUAUAAUAGAGGACGCUCGUUACCCAAUGAAAUACCGUAUGCUGAUGCCGAUGGUGGACUGCAUUUUCAUGGAUGUUGCCCAACCUGAUCAGGCCCGGAUUCUCGCGUUAAAUGCUCAGGCAUUUCUUAAGAAUGGUGGUCAUUACGUAAUUUCUAUCAAAGCCAACUGUAUCGACUCAACCCUCGAUGCUCCCGUGGUUAUCGCAGCUGAACUUGAUAAGUUGAGAAAGGACCGUCUGAAGCCACUGGAGCAAGCCUCACUGGAACCGUUUGAAAGAGACCACGCAGUUGUCGUAGGGGUGUAUCGCUCUAUGAAGAAAGCAGUACAACAAUAA